GACGAGCACCGAGAGGAGACAGCGGCGAGCGGGGCAAAGGCCACCCAGCACCGGCAGGGGAGGCCGACCGGUGCCGCGCAGGGACACGUACUCAGUCUGACUCGGGCUGGCACUGGUGGCUAGGAAUGUCGUCCUGGACGAGGUGGCAUGGGCCCGCCAUGGCGCGGCUCUGGGGCUUCUGCUGGCUGAUCGUGGGCUUCUGGAGGGCCGCUCUUGCCUGUCCCACGUCCUGCAAAUGCAGCGCCUCUCGGAUCUGGUGCAGCGACCCUUUUCCUGGCAUCGUGGCAUUUCCGAGGCUGGAGUCUACCAGUGCGGACCCCGAGAACAUCACCGAAAUUUACAUUGCAAAUCAGAAAAGAUUAGAAAUCAUCAACGAAGAUGAUAUUGAAGCUUAUGUGGGACUGAAAAACCUGACGAUUGUGGAUUCCGGAUUAAAAUUUGUAGCUCAUAAAGCAUUUCUGAAAAACAACAACUUACAGCACAUCAAUUUUACCAGAAACAAACUGACGGUAUUGUCUAGGAAACAUUUUCAUCACCUUGACUUGUCUGAGCUGAUCCUGGUGGGCAACCCAUUUACGUGCUCCUGUGACAUUAUGUGGAUCAAGACUCUUCAGGAGACUAAACCUAGUCCAGAAACUCAGGACUUGUACUGCCUCGAUGAAAACAGCAAAAAUAUUUCCCUGGCAAACCUGCAGAUACCCCAUUGUGGUUUGCCAUCAGCAAAUUUGGCUGCACCUAACCUCACUGUGGAGGAGGGAAAGUCUAUCACAUUAACUUGUAGUGUUGCGGGCGAUCCAGUUCCGAAUUUAUACUGGGAUGUUGGUAAUCUGGUUUCCAAGCAUAUGAAUGAAACAAGCCACACACAGGGCUCCUUAAGGAUAACUAACAUUUCAUCUGAUGACAGUGGAAAGCAAAUCUCUUGUGUGGCAGAAAAUCUUGUAGGAGAAGAUCAAGAUUCUGUCAACCUCACUGUACAUUUUGCUCCAACUAUCACAUUUCUCGAAUCUCCAACCUCAGACCACCACUGGUGCAUUCCAUUCACUGUGAAAGGCAACCCCAAACCAGCGCUUCAGUGGUUCUAUAAUGGGGCAAUUUUGAAUGAAUCCAAAUACAUCUGUACUAAAAUCCAUGUUACCAAUCACACGGAGUACCACGGCUGCCUCCAGCUGGAUAAUCCCACUCACAUGAAUAAUGGGGACUACAAGUUAGUAGCCAAGAAUGAGUAUGGGAAGGAUGAGAAACAGAUUUCUGCUCACUUCAUGGGCUGGCCUGGAAUCGAUGACGGUGCAAACCCAAAUUAUCCUGAUGUAAUUUAUGAAGAUUAUGGGACUGCGGCAAAUGACAUUGGGGACACCACGAACAGAAGUAAUGAAAUCCCUUCCACAGAUGUUGCUGACAAAACCGGUCGGGAACAUCUCUCGGUCUAUGCUGUGGUGGUAAUUGCAUCUGUAGUAGGAUUUUGUCUGCUGGUAAUGCUGUUUCUGCUGAAGUUGGCAAGACACUCCAAGUUUGGCAUGAAAGAUUUCUCAUGGUUUGGAUUUGGGAAAGUAAAAUCAAGACAAGGUGUUGGCCCAGCCUCAGUUAUCAGCAAUGAUGAUGACUCUGCCAGCCCACUCCAUCACAUCUCCAAUGGGAGUAACACUCCAUCGUCUUCAGAGGGUGGCCCUGAUGCUGUCAUUAUUGGAAUGACCAAGAUUCCUGUCAUUGAAAAUCCCCAGUACUUUGGCAUCACCAAUAGUCAGCUCAAGCCAGACACAUUUGUUCAGCACAUCAAGCGACAUAACAUUGUUCUGAAAAGGGAGCUAGGCGAAGGAGCCUUUGGAAAAGUUUUCCUAGCUGAAUGCUAUAACCUCUGUCCUGAGCAGGACAAGAUCUUGGUGGCAGUGAAGACGCUGAAGGAUGCCAGUGACAAUGCACGCAAGGACUUCCACCGCGAGGCCGAGCUGCUGACCAACCUCCAGCACGAACACAUCGUCAAGUUCUAUGGCGUCUGCGUGGAGGGUGACCCGCUCAUCAUGGUCUUUGAGUACAUGAAGCACGGGGACCUCAACAAGUUCCUCAGGGCGCACGGACCUGACGCCGUGCUGAUGGCCGAGGGCAACCCGCCGACGGAACUGACGCAGUCGCAGAUGCUGCAUAUCGCCCAGCAGAUCGCUGCGGGCAUGGUCUACCUGGCGUCCCAGCACUUCGUGCACCGAGACCUGGCCACCCGGAACUGCCUGGUGGGCGAGAACCUCUUGGUGAAGAUCGGGGACUUCGGCAUGUCCCGGGACGUGUACAGCACUGACUACUACAGGGUCGGUGGCCACACAAUGCUGCCCAUUCGCUGGAUGCCUCCAGAGAGCAUCAUGUACAGGAAGUUCACCACCGAAAGUGAUGUCUGGAGCCUGGGGGUUGUGUUGUGGGAGAUCUUCACAUAUGGCAAACAGCCCUGGUACCAGCUGUCGAACAAUGAGGUGAUAGAAUGCAUCACUCAAGGCCGAGUCUUGCAGCGACCUCGAACGUGCCCCCAGGAAGUCUAUGAGCUGAUGCUGGGGUGCUGGCAGCGAGAGCCCCACAUGAGGAAGAACAUCAAGGGCAUCCACACCCUCCUUCAGAACUUGGCCAAGGCAUCUCCGGUCUACCUGGAUAUACUAGGCUAGGACCCUUUCCCCCAGACCGAUCCUUCCCAAAGCACCUCCUCAGUUGGGCCGAGAGGAUGAACGUCUUUUAACUGCCGCUGGAUGCCAUCAAUCUGCUGUUCUUUGCUCUGACAGUAUUAACUACAAAGACACCGAGAAGCUUUCCGAGGGAAGCAAUGUGUACUUCUCCAUCCGUAGACACAGUAUGGACUUCUUUUUGGUAUUAUCUCUUUCUCUCUUUCCAUCUCCCUGGUUUAUUCCCUAGUUUUUUUUUUGUUUGUUUUUCUUUCCUU